ACAAACACAACAGCAGGUCGCGACGUCCCUGUCAACUCCAGGAGGAGCCAGAAUCUGCGGACAAGAGCGGGAGGAGCGGGACCGAGCCUCACCGCCUUCACGAGACAUUACUGAAUCAUUCCGACGGUUGCGCUGAUUUUCUCCACCGAAAGGCUUCAAGUGUUAGUGUGGGAGCCGGAGGAGAAAGGGAUUUGUGGAGAGCAUUAUAGCGACUGAGGCUUUCAGUUUCCCAAGUUGGUGCGAACUCACCUUGACAUGGCUUCAACGACCUGCACCAGGUUCACUGAUGAAUACCAGCUAUACGAGGAGCUGGGGAAGGGUGCUUUCUCUGUGGUGAGACGCUGCAUGAAGAUUUCCACGGGGCAGGAGUACGCUGCCAAAAUAAUUAAUACCAAGAAGUUGUCUGCCAGGGAUCACCAGAAGUUGGAGCGAGAGGCCAGGAUCUGCCGCCUGCUUAAGCAUCCCAACAUCGUGCGCCUCCAUGACAGCAUAUCAGAGGAGGGAUUCCACUAUCUGGUCUUUGACUUAGUUACCGGUGGUGAGUUGUUUGAGGACAUAGUUGCCAGGGAGUACUACAGCGAAGCCGAUGCCAGUCACUGCAUACAGCAGAUUCUAGAAAGUGUAAAUCAUUGCCACAUAAAUGGCAUAGUGCACAGGGACCUUAAGCCAGAAAAUCUGCUCCUAGCCAGCAAGUUGAAGGGGGCAGCGGUUAAACUGGCAGAUUUUGGCCUGGCUAUUGAAGUGCAGGGAGACCAGCAGGCAUGGUUUGGUUUUGCCGGUACACCAGGUUACCUGUCUCCAGAGGUUCUGAGGAAAGACCCGUACGGGAAGCCCGUGGACAUGUGGGCCUGUGGUGUGAUUCUCUACAUCCUCCUGGUGGGAUAUCCUCCAUUCUGGGAUGAGGACCAGCACAGACUCUACCAGCAAAUUAAAGCUGGGGCUUACGAUUUCCCCUCUCCUGAGUGGGACACAGUGACUCCAGAAGCCAAAGACCUGAUCAACAAGAUGCUGACCAUUAACCCAGCCAAAAGAGUGACCGCCACAGAUGCACUCAAACACCCCUGGAUCUGCCAACGCUCCACUGUGGCGUCCAUGAUGCACAGACAGGAGACUGUGGAGUGCCUCAAGAAAUUCAACGCCAGGAGGAAACUCAAGGGUGCUAUCCUGACUACAAUGCUGGCCACUCGCAACUUCUCAGCAGCCAAGAGCCUGCUGAACAAAAAGCCGGAUGGUGUCAAAAUCAACAACAAGGCCAAUGUGGUCACCAGCCCCAAAGAGCCUGUCCCCACUCCUUCUCUGGAGCCUCAAACCACUGUUAUCCACAACCCAGCUGAUGGAAACAAGGAGUCCAGUGAGAGUGCCAACACUACCAUCGAGGACGAAGACGUGAGAGCUCGAAAGCAGGAGAUCAUCAAAGUCACUGAGCAGCUGAUUGAGGCCAUCAACAAUGGCGACUUUGAAGCCUACACGAAGAUUUGUGAUCCAGGUCUCACAUCCUUUGAACCUGAAGCUUUGGGCAACUUGGUGGAGGGCACCGAUUUCCACCGCUUCUACUUUGAAAAUGCUCUGUCCAAGGGGAAGCAGCCCAUCCACACCAUCCUGCUAAACCCCCACGUCCACCUGAUUGGGGACGAGGCCGCCUGCAUCGCCUACAUUCGUCUCACUCAGUACAUUGACAGCAAUGGCAUGCCUCGCACCAUGCAGUCAGAGGAGACUCGCAUCUGGCACCGCCGUGACAGCAAGUGGCAGAACAUCCACUUCCACCGCUCCGGCUCGCCCACCGUGCCCACUAAUUGAGAGGACCAUCUUUGACUACAAACACCCUCCUGCCUACAACAGACCCCACCUACUAAGUGUCCAUCAGAUCCCUCAGCCAGCCCCUGCCCACAAUAGCCAGAGCUCCACCCUCUAAGUGUGUUGUUUACAUAUUGUCGCUGCUGGACUAAAGAUUUAAAAAAACAAAAAAAAACAAGGGGGAAACUUCAAGUCUUGACAAUAUCGUUUUGUAGUGAGAGUGCGUUCUGUUCAUUAUGGGAGUUUUUUAGAUCAGUGCGUUUUAAGUAAAAGUGAUUUUCAGAGGAGCUGAAUGUUCCAGGUGAUUCAUUUUUAAUGGGUGAUGAAAUAUGUGAAACUUCCAGUCAUCAUGUAGUGACAGUUUUUCAUUUGAAUAUUGCACAUAUUGAGGACUCAUGAGCUGAUGUUUUUUUGCCUUUUGGCACAAUGACCAAUAUAUCACAUAUCUGCUUUUUACUCAUGUAUCUUUCAGAACUGCCAUCCAUUAAUGGUCAGGCACAGGCUUGCUUUUGUUCUGCUCAUGUAAAAGUUUUGGUAAUUGAUGUAACUCGCUCUAUCUUUGCUUAAUCUUUAGCAGUAUUCAUAUGAACUGAGUUGGCUAAUUUUACAAAUCUGUUUUCUGGUUGGAACCAUGUUUACUAGGAAUUUUAUCUAUGUGUUUAAAAGGGAAAAUGAACUGAACUGUGUUCUAUUUUGUCUGUUCGGACCUCCACCAUCACAGGGCAGCGCAUGAAACCGGUCUCCUAUCAUAGAAUGUAAACUAUAGAGAUACAUAUAAUUUUUAAAGGCCAUUCUCUGACUCUUUCAAGUCAAAUCAUAUUUUCAUACAGUAAGGAACUAAUUAUGUGAAUUUUAUCAGCUAUUUUGUUGUGCUUACUUUUUAUAUUGUGAUGUUGAUGCCUGUCCCUUCACUUAUCAUUAUUAGUACUUUCCUGUAAGCCCUUUACAUUUUGAUGGAGUCCCUCUUUUAUUCAGUCCAAUUGGUGUAUGCCUGUUUUACGACACCAUGUUUUACACUGGACCAAGUAGAAUUAUGAUGUUGACGCUGACAGGAAAGCCGAAUUCAGCUGAAACCUUUGCUUCUGCAUCCAAGUUACCAUUUCAUCUUUGCCAUGAGAGAAUUUGGAUUUUAGACAGAUUAACAAAGCUCUAAUUCUAGUUUUUAGCUACUGUACAAUGUUAUUUAAGUGUCACUGUUAAAUGAAAGGGAAAGGGGAUUGUUGCCAUCACCUGCAGCAGGAUCAUAUCUUAAGGUUCAAUUUUUAAAACACUUUAGAUUAGGUUGCUGUGAAAUGUCAGCAGGGGAAAAUGAACGGGAAAUUAAUUUUCAAAAUGAAACCACAGGUGAAGGUGGAGAGAUAAAGUUACUAGGUCUUCACUGAUGAUUUCGAUUUUCUUGACGAUAUUGAGUUUUUUUGCCUAGAAAACUGUUUACAUUCUUUAGUUUAAUCACAUUGGUCCCACAAACACCACACAUUGUUUUUAUCUUUCUAAGAUGCAUUGAAAUUCCUGAUGGGAUUCUGGUAUAACAUGUUACCACAACGAGACAAGCCUGAUGUAUGUUUUAGUAAUAUCAAAUAAAAAUGUGUGAUUUAUGCCAAAUGA